AUGGACCGUUUGUUCCGUUCGACCGACUCCAGCGGGUACACAACGGACGGCAGUUCCUGGUACCCUCGGCGCUUUUUCCAAAGCUCCGAAGACUAUGCAUCGAGGAAGUCAGAUUACGCUGUCCUCUUCGUGUUCAUAUUGACCGUCGCGCUCCUGCUGGCCACCUUUGUGCGCAGCUUUCGUGAAAAGCCCAUAAACAUUGCGUCGCAUCCACACGAAUUCGCCGCAAGGCCUCAGCUUCCCAGCCAGCUUCUUGCCACCGCUCGAGCCAGUACGAAACGUAUCGCACCGCUGCGGCGUUCGUCAACGACACACGAUGCUGGACCACCUCAAACCGCGACUCACCCACCAUUCACUGAAACCGCAAUCCCUGACGACUCCGCUACUACUAUCGGUUCGUUUAAGCACACCGACGCCACAACCUCGUAUACCACUAGCACCACCGCCGAGUUCGAGCCCACCUCGAAACAGACAUCUGGGAAGAAAUCUUACACCCGUGUCUGCCACGGCAGCGGUUGUGCGCAGAUAGCGAGCGAACUGGAAGCAUUGCUUGACGACAACGUUGAUCCUUGCACCGAUUUUUACCAUCACGUAUGCGGCAAGUGGCUCACAAACCACACGCCGCCGCGGGGGUCAGCAUUGAUAUCUCCGAGAACGCUACGUCUGAAGACUUUCGAGCACGUCCUUCUGAACGAAAUGAAGGACGGCACGGACGACGGUUUCCUGAGGUGGCCCCUGCAUCUCUGGCAGUCCUGUCGACUCAAGACGGGGGAACGUGACGCGUUCGCCAACUUCCAGCGCCUCCUUCACAUCCACGGCCUUGGCGGUUAUCCUUACAGAAACGAUCUCACGGGCGAUGUGUCCGAAGCUGCGGCGAGAGUCCUGGUACAUUCGGCCGUUCCCGCUCUGGCAAACGUCGAGAUUACGAAGCACUCCCUUGGUCCAGGAAAAUCCGCUCAGUGGGCCAUCAGGAUAGGUCCUCCGAAGACGCUGUUCAGGGAUUUCGUCAAGAUGCGAGAAGUGAACACCGACUGGUUUCACUCGGCCGCGGAGAGGACGCACGGCUUGCGAGACACAACGCACCUGUUCAAGAUAGAACAGGCACUCGUUGACUUGGCCGGCAGCUGGAUGGCAGUGAACAACUACGUCGUGAGCCCGGUGUCGGCUCUGCUGAACACGCACCAUUGGAACUGGCUUCGCUUCCUCAGAACAGCGUUUAAGGGAGUGAUGCGCGUCCGUGGAUCUACGUUGGUUACGGUCAAGGGCGAUCCUUUUCAGAGGGCACUGGUUGCACUGAUCGAGCGUUUCGGAUCUGGCAACGUGCUCAACUACCUAGCCUUCAGGGUAUACGUUCGUUACUCGCCCUUUCUCAACCUCCUAGAAUUUUUGGAACUCGCGCUACUCGCCGGAGCGCGACACCCUGGUUGGGAGGACGGCGACCCGUUAGAAGAGGCCGCGGACCUUCGUUGCCUGAGGGUGCUGUCCAAAAGCCUGCCCGAACCGUACGCCUACCUCUUCUGGAAUGCGGAGCUGCGCAACCAGCGCCGAGUCCGGGAUUCGACGGAUGCCCUCGUCGAGGACGUGAUAGCGGAGGCCGUGCGUCGCGUUAGGGAAGACUUGAACUUGACGUCCACGGUGACGAACAGGUUCCGCGACGGCAUGUUCAAGCUUAGAAGGCAGGUUUUUGUGCCGAAGUGGUUUGCAAACGUAAAUUCGAAGGCCAGCUACACCCGCCGAUUUUUCGGAAAAGGCGAAGGCCAACCGUGCCUAAUGCUGAUGCAUGGAGCUCUCGAUUCCGCGGCUUCCAACACCUUCCUGAGGAUGGUCAACGGCAGCUUCGAGACUUCCUGGCGCGGGCCGUCGCUUCGCGACACUCCUUGGCUGGACUUUGACAAUGGUUACUUAGCCGUUCCUCCUGCGGCAGUCGACAAGAAUUUUACCAAGGAUGCUUUCUUCAUUCGCCACGUUCCCACGCUCGGCAUAGAUUUAGCGAGGGAAGCAUUCUCCCGCCUUACGGAUUUGGACUUGGUCUCAAAAAUAGGUCCUCCAGGUUACGUCGCGCACCUCAGGCUCGAGAUGCUGGCCAGCUGCCUGCACAAGCAGUCCUAUGGCAACCGAGGUCCCGGCGAAGUGGCUUCGCGGGAAGAUGCUCGCGACCUGCUCGCUCUGCCGGUGGCCUUAAAGGUCUUCAAGCAGAACGCCGCCCACGGAAGCCACAGGUUCACCUUCCGUGACUCAAGAGUGGGCACAUACGUAACGGAGCGACUGUUCUUCUACGAGUUCGCCCUGGAUCGGUGCGAGUCGUACGAGGACUCGUACUUCCACCAGCGCCUCCACCACGGCGUCCGGUCUCCGGCGCCGUACUUCGUCAACGGGCCACUGCGAAACUUUGCGCCGUUCGCCGAGGCCUUUGGCUGUCACCCAGGCUCAACGAUGGCCGUCAAGAACGCUUGCGCAUUCUGA